AUGCGCGUCGGCUCAACUGUGCGAAGUCGUACCAAAGGACGCGUCGUCAGGCGUCUCGUCCUCCUUCCGAUCGCCAUCGUCGCCCUCUUCGGAGCCGCCCAUGUGCUGAGAGAGCGGCGGAGCGAACGGGAUCCCGGAAUACCGAGGGAGAAUAAGGAGGAGGUGCCGUUUUGGAAGACCGUCUUGCCCACUUGUAAUCGGUGAGUUUAGAGAGUGGGCAUCAAAGAGCACCACUAUACAGUUCGCUCAGGACGAUAUAUUUCAGCUGCCGGUAAAAAUAUCAAAAAGUUAUCAACUAAUGAAAUGUUCACAAAAACAUUAUACACAAUUUCUUAGUUUACACCAUGUUCUUAUCUCGUCCGGCAGCUGAGAUACAUUGUCCAGAAUGACCGGAUACACGAUUUCUUGCUACAAACGUAUAGUAUUUACGGUAGCAGAGGUAUGAAGUUGUAGUUUUCAAGACAAGGCUGAGUAUAAUCUACAUAUCUAUCUAGAACUUUAUUUCUCCAGUUGACCACUUUUUUGUACAACAACCCCUGAAACUAGAAUAGCUCAUAUAAAGUCAACAAGAGAGAAACGAAUUCAUCCAGAUCCUUGAUUCCACCGGCUUCCGAAGUCAACGACGACGGCCAAUUUCCUCCGGAUCCGUUCUCUCUGAAACAACGUCAAAGUGGAUUCGGUAAGCCCCUCUCUUACUUCUUCUCUCUCUCUUUCACCUCUUACAACUCGCCCGUCCGCCUACAGUUAUCCUCCACAUGUGCGGUCUCAUCUACAUGUUCGUUUCGUUGGCGAUCGUCUGCGACGAGUUCUUCGUUCCCUCGUUGGACGUGCUCACCGAGAAGCUCUCGUUGUCCGAUGACGUGGCAGGUGCCACAUUCAUGGCCGCCGGCGGAUCCGCUCCCGAGUUCUUCACAUCUGUUAUCGGCGUUUUCAUCGCGCAGAAUAAUGUGGGAAUCGGCACGAUCGUUGGUGAGUUGAGCGAAGGGCUCAAUGAUCCGAAUGCUCUGAUCCUUUCAGGUUCGGCCACUUUCAACAUCCUCUGCGUCUUGGCCUUCUGUACCCUCUUCUCGAAAACGAUACUGGAUCUGACGUGGUGGCCCCUUUUCCGCGACGUCUCCAUCUACAUGCUCGCGCUCGCAAUGCUCGUCUUCUUCUUCAUGGACGAAAUGAUCACUUUCCCGGAAGCGCUCGCCAUGUUCGUCGUCUACAUCCUCUACUGCACCGUCAUGAAGUUCAACGUCCAACUGGAGUCGCUCGUCAAACGCGGCUCCGAUGCGGAAGAAGCGACGGUGCACGAGACUCAGAAGCUGGCAGCCGACACGCCGCACAACAAUAACAACAACGACGUGGUAAGCGGUCACUUUUCCCCUUGUUCUCACUGAAUUAACGUUGUGCUCAGGCGGCUUUGGAAGGCAACGAACUGCGCCGUCGUUCGUCGGCUCGUCGCCAGUCCGUCCCGAUUCUUCACUCGGGAACAAUGUUCCGAAACGGAAUUAUGCAAUUGAUGAAUCACACUCUUGAGCAGUUGCCUGAAGGUAAUACGAAAAGAGAGAGAGAGAGAGAGAGAGAGUUAUGAAUUCUUUAUGAGUCGUGGCGGCGGUUUUUGAGCACCUCCUCUGGUUCUGGUGCUCACUGAGCUCACUUGAAAUUGUUGUGUGAAGUGAAUGUCACGUACUACUCCAUUCCAGACUCGGAGGAGGACGACAGCUCGCGGAGCCGGAGCAACGUGAACGUCGAGUCGCACGACAUGAAUCGCCUCAACGUCAAUCAAAACGUGCCCGACCGUCGCUCGUCACAGAUCGAGGAGAUUGUAGGCGUCAAUCUCGCUCGCAACUUUUUGUUUAUCUCUGUUUGUCUCUUUUGCAGAAGUCACUGCUCGAGGAGGAGGAGGAGAAGCCGUUGGACAUGACUUGGCCCGAAACGUGGCCGAAACGCUUCACCUACGUGCUGUUGGCGCCUGUCGUCGUGCCGAUGUGGGUCACGAUUCCAGACGUCAGAAGACCUGUAAGGGGGAAGAGAGGAUCGCCGAGAGAGACCGACAUUUUCGUUUCAGCACAACCGUCAAUGGUAUCCGGCGACGUUCAUCAUCUCGAUUCUGUGGAUCGCCUUCUUCUCGUACCUCAUGGUUUGGUGGGCCAACACCAUCGGCGAGACCUUCGUCAUUCCCACCGAAAUCAUCGGACUCACCAUUCUGGCCGCGGGAACCAGUAUCCCCGACCUUAUAACCAGUGUGAUUGUGGCGCGCAAAGGACUGGGAGACAUGGCGGUCUCCAGUUCGGUCGGCUCGAACAUCUUCGACGUGUGCGUCGGGCUGCCGAUCCCGUGGCUCUUCUUCUUCCUCAUGGAGUACAUCAAGAAUCCGGACGUGCCGCUGACGCCAAUCUCCGUCAGCUCGAAGGGACUUUUGUGCUCCGUCGGCAUGCUCUUCGUCAUGCUCAUCGUCCUUGUCUUCGCCAUUUUCCUCUCCGGAUGGAAGAUGAACAAGGUUCCGAACCCUUCCGAACAUGCCGACUCAAUCGAAUCUCUUUCAGAUAUUCGGAAUUCUGAUGAUCGUCUCCUACCUGAUCUUCUGCUUUUUCUCGGUCGCACUCGAAACUGACAAACUUGUGUGCCCAUUGAAUAUGUGCGGAUAG